CAUUUCUACUAUGGAUAUGCACAUCACUCUAUAUAUAACUGCGUGAGCGUAGUUGCACUAUGUUCUAUAUUCAACACUACUUCGUUAAACAGCGCUAUCAGGCGGUAGAAACACUUCUUAUUGUACCAUUUCAGUAUAUUUCAGCAUCUAGAUACCAUGGUAGAUACCAAAUUCAACUGUACAUUAUCAGUAACAGUUACAGCUGUAAAUCUGUAUUACAUUGUGUUGAGCAUUAAAGUGCGAGAAGAUUUCUACUGCAUUGGAUAUUGCCACAAUAAUACGUGUAAAUGUUCAACUGUUUGAAGGACCUGCUUUGUGUGACUUCGAAACAAAUGUCUUAUUAUGUGAGAACACAACCUUUGUCGAUACAACAGCAACAAACACUUUUUACCUGGAUAGAGUGUUAUGUACUGUACAGAAUAUUUACUGUCGAAAACGGGAAAUAGAACACACUCAAGGCAUUACGAAUCAAUUGUAACACGUCCAUUAUUUGGUAUGUAGUAAACAGCACAAUAAAUGAUACUUAUUAUGUCACUAAGAGUACUUCGUGGCAAAAAGGAAGAUGAAUCAAAGCCAGAAUUAUAUUCCAUUACAGGAUUCGGAAAGUUGAAUACAAACUAUGUCAAAAGCUGCUAGACUGGGAUUCUCUAUGAAAUACAAAAUGGUUCAAAUGGCUCUGAGCACUAUGGGACUUAACAUCUAUGGUCAUCAGUCCCCUAGAACUUAGAACCACUUAAACCUAACUAACCUAAGGACAUCACACAACACCCAGCCAUCACGAGGCAGAGAAAAUCCCUGACCCCGCUGGGAAUCGAACCCGGGAACCCAGGCGUGGGAAGCGAGAACGCUACCGCACGACCACGAGCUGCGGGCUCUAUGAAAUACAAGGAAAUAUUAACAGAAAUAAGAAAUAUACUUACCCUUUAAGUAAACUGAGCAACGGAAAUUGUAUUUCUUUGCAGGAACAAAUAUACAAGAGUCCACAGAACGUAAUGUGAUCAUACAACCUCGUGUUUUAUAUGAAACAAAAGUAAAAAAGUAAAUACUGAAUCAUCACACCAUCAAAUAUUACGAAUGCAUCCAAAAAUUAAGCAGAAUAAUAGUAACAUUCUUACACUGCAAUUUAAACGAAAAAUCACGAUCACGUUGCUAUGAUACCAAAACAAUUAUGGAAGACUACGUCAUCCAAUAGGAACACGAGACUAUAAAUUGCUAAACUUGCAUCGCUCCAAGUGGCCUGGGACCAAACCAACGUCGUGUUACCAGAAAUCCCUAUAUGAGUUUCACCCCCCUGCUGUACUGUGCCACAGUCAACUAACCUCACUUCCCAUUUACGGGUCAGACGGGGUAACUUACCCAUCUCUCUCAGUCACUAAAACCUGAUAAACGGAGGCGGUCACGUUUGCUACAUCUGAACAAAUCAAACGAAUCACUAUAUUAAAAGAAGCCCCCACAGAAGAAAUUUGUGAGUAUAGCAGAAGCUAUCUACAAAUUUGAGAGAAGUACACCAGAGAGAUUCCAAUGGGUUGUAUGAAUAAAAACGAGAACAUUCUCCAGAGUUGAUACUCAGAGCAAAAAGAAAUUCUCAAAGAAAGUUCUCAGUUUCGUAUGAAUAAAAACUAGGAAGUAUGAUCUCUGACCCUGGAGUACUUUCUCUGUACCUCCCCUCCUUACUGAGUAAGUUCUCAGCAAAGAGAUUAAAAUCCAACAUCUUUGGUUCUCAGUUUGUUUCGUUUGCGCGUGUUUUGUGUUAGCGAAAGUUUUCUCAAGUUAUUUCUGUGCCGAAAUGAAAGACUCAGAAUUAGCCUUUGUGAACAUUAUUAAAGAUUACCCCGCAAUCAUCAGUAAAUCGCAAACUCUGGCCGCAAGAAGAGAGAAGGUGGAUUGUAUUAAAGAAAUACAACACCGUUAUAUGGUUAGUUUCGGGAAAGAAAUAACGGACGGGCAGAUAAUGAAGAAACUGCACAACAUGAAAUCCCGUAUCAAUGCAAAAACGGAUGUUAAUAAGACAGGAAACAUUAAGAUUUCCCUGAAAAAUUGGGAGCAGACAUUUUUAAAGUUUUUGGACGGAGAUGACUGCAACCCAACUAUCCACAGAGUUCCUGGAGCUUGUGCAGUAGGUGGUGGUUCCACCUCUGUCAUCACUUCACCACCGAAUUCGGGGGUAGCUGACACAGACUGCACAUUGUAUGAACAAGAGUCAAUUUUGCAGCUACCACUAAUUGUUGCAGCCGACCAUAUGGAUCUCGUGGGCCCCGAAGUCGUCAUACCUUCUUAAUCGCCUGCUUCGGGGCAUGAGAGAGUGCCUAAACGUGGGAGAUUAAGCAUGGAAACAGAUGAGACACUUAAUUUGUCUACUCCAGAGUUGCAAAGGCUGGUGCUGUUGUAUCAAUUGGACAUAUUGAAACGAAGGCAACAGAAAUUGAUGCGUGAUGAAGAUAAACAAUAA